AUGUCCGACCCCCUCUUCCAGCCUCUGGCCGUCGGCCCCUACACCCUCCAGCACCGGAUCGUCAUGCCGCCACUGACCCGAUUCCGCUGCUCAGACGACGGCGUGCCCAUCCCCGAGCUCGUGGUGCCAUACUACGCCGAGCGCUGCCUCGUGCCCGGCACACUCAUCAUCGCCGAAGCAACCGACGUCAACGAGCUCGCGGGCGGCUUCGCGAACGUCCCGGGGAUCUACACCGACGCCCAGAUAGAGGGCUGGAAAGCCGUGACAAAGGCCGUCCACGACCGCGACUGCGUCAUCUUCCUCCAGCUCUGGGCCAUCGGCCGCGCAAACCCGGGCACGAAGCAACCCGACGUCGUAUCGGCCGGCAACAUCGCGAUGAAGGACGGCGCCCAGCCCCGCGCGCUGUCCAACGCCGAGGUCAAGAUGAUGGUGCGCGCGUUCGGCCAGGCCGCCGCCAACGCCGUCAAAGCCGGCUUCGACGGCAUCGAGAUCCACGGCGCGCACGGCUACCUCGUCGACCAGUUCUCGCAGGCGGUGUCCAACAACCGCACGGACGAGUACGGCGGCUCGGUCGAGAACCGCGCCCGCUUCGCGCUCAACGUCGUCGGCGCCUGCGCGGCCGCCAUCGGCGCCGACAAAGUCGCCAUCCGCCUCUCGCCGUUCGCGACCGUCUACUCCACCGGCUGGGACGACCCCUACCCGCAGUACUCGUACAUCAUCAACCAGCUGCGCGAGCGCCACCCGUCGCUCGCGUACCUGCACGUCGUCGAGCCCCGCGUCAACGGCACCGUCGACCGCACGCUGACCUCGGACCAGGAGUCGAAUUCGGACGCGUACAAGGCGCUCUGGCCGGGUGUCUACAUCGUCGCGGGAGGGUUCAUGCCCGACACUGCGCGCGAGUACGUGCGCACGCACGAUAACGCUCUGGUGGCCUUUGGUCGCCGGUUCAUCUCGAACCCGGACCUGGUGGCGAAGAUCAAGGAGGGUCUGCCGUUCGUGCCAUACAACCGAAAGACCUUCUAUUUGAAUAAGGCGAAGGAGGGAUAUCUGGGAUACGAGUACGCAAAGGAGUUGAAGGGUAUUUACUAUUGA